AUGGUGUCUUUUGAGGAUGACGACCCGAUAGAAGGUGCGCUUCCUGUCGCCUGCUGUAAACUACAAGAGGCUCACAUGCAACAGGGUCCGGAGACGAGUCGCAAGAUGAAGACGAGAACAUGGACGACAAUGACAACGAGAACGACGAGGGAGAAGACCAGGACCAAGAACAAGACGAGGGCGAGGGGUGAUGAAGAGGGCGACGAUGAUGAUAAUGACCAGGAUGAUGAGGGUGACCAAGACGACGACGAUGAAGGCGACGCAGACGGAGACGCCGAAUCACCUUCACAAUCGCGCCGCCAGAGCCGAGCCUCUCCCUCGACAUCACGACCGCCGAAUCCCACUGUUAUGCUGACAUCGCCGUCACCACGUCCUUCUGCACACCAAUCCCCGAGCACCCAUCUAUCGUGGCCUUCAGUGCGACAAGAAGCCCUCAAUGCCGUCACAUACGACAUCGUACCUACCAUGGCAGCACCACAGAGCACAUCAAUAAACGCCGUGGCGGCAACGCCAGACAUGCGAUGGGUCUUCAGCGGUGGCACUGAUGGUUACAUUCGCAUGUACAAUUGGGUCGAGACAGCCAAUGGAAAGGUGCCCUUGACAGUGGCCCAGAAACAUCCNCUUGUCGACAGUGUCAUGAAGGCUGGCAGUUUGACAACAUACUGGGAAAAUGAGGAAUCAUCAGUGCGAACUCCGCCUGCGCAAUCUGCUGAAGAGCCGAAAGACUCGUCGCCCGUCUAUUCUCUGGCUACACAACACCAAGCCACCUGGCUCUUGUCAGGCCUCGAGUCGGGUGCCAUUAAUCUACAAACAUGUCGUCACCAAGCCGGCACAAAGAUCACAACACUACGCGAACAUACCUCAGCAGUUUCGGUCCUUAGUUUGGCUCAGGAUGAGUACUCAUUCUUAUCAGGAAGUUGGGACAAGACCAUCCUUGACUGGGAUUUGAACAUGGGCAAAGUCAAGCGCUCAUUUGUUGGCAGCGGAGGCCAAAUUUCAGUACUCGAGCGCCGACCUGAAUCCGCGCUACCCGUCCCCCAUGUCGCCGAAGACACGCAAGUCUCAAGCUCAACCUUCUCCUCGAAUAAUGCCGCGAAACCACUCACGAAUGGUGUCUCUGUCCCAGAGGAACGAAGAGGGAGUAAGAACAGCCAGAAUGGCACAGAAGAUGCAGCAGGCUCGCCAGAUGGAUCCUUGUUCGGCGAUGACAACGGCUCUCUGUUCGGCGACGACAACAUCAAUGCCGACAAUAACAAUAAUAACAACGCCUUCGACGACGAUGAUGAAUUCGCAAAAGCAAUAGCCACGGGCUUGCAGCAGUCAGAAGACCAGGAAGAUACAGAAAUGCUCGAUGCAGGAGGUCCUGUGCAACCACCGCAAGACGCCCCUCAAGACCCCACAGACACUACAUCACAACCACAACCCGACGCUUCCCUCACAGACCAGCCAGAUCCUCUAUCAACAGGCAACCCUCAUGCCGAAGAAAUAACUACCAAUGGCAAUCAUGCCAAUACCACUGAAGAUGAGCUGCCUCAAACCUCAUCCACCACCUUCCUCGACGCUUCCAUCGAAGGAACCAUCCGCAUUUGGGAUCAACGAGUUUCGUCGCCUAUUGCUGUGAUUCAUCCAACUACAGGCGUGCCUCCUUGGUGCAUGGGCGCCUGCUGGUCAGUCGACGGUAAUAGUAUCUACGCUGGCAGAAGAAACGGCACAGUCGAAGAAUACUCUUUACAUAAAGGCUUCCAAAUGGCAACCCCACAACGCACAUUCAAGUUCCCAGGUGGAAGUGGUCCAGUCAGUGCGGUCAGAGCUAUGCCUAAUGGCCGUCACUUGAUUUGUGCAUCUUACGAUAUCCUUCGUCUCUACGAUCUUCGUGAUGUCGAAAAUGCGCGCUCGACUGUGCCUUUCCUUAUCGUCCCCGGUCAUCGCACUGGUGUCAUUUCAGCCUUGCACAUCGAUCCGGCGUGUAGAUUCAUGAUCAGUACGGCUGGUAAUAGGGGCUGGGAGGGCUCAAGCACAGAGGUUCUGCUUGGCUAUGAGAUUGGUUGUGUUUUACCAUCUUGA